AUGAAAUUUUCUUCAAUUAUAUUUAGUUUAUGUGCAUUGAAGCUCAUAAACGCUGCUCCAGCAAUUCACACCGUAUUUAGCACCACUUUUACUACUGUGGUAGUUAACGUAGCUGGAGAAACCAUUUGGCCAAUUCCAACACCUGAACCGAUAGUCCCAGAAGAUGAAGAUACCACAACUUCCACUCUGACAACAACUAUCACCAUAACAUCUGAAACUACAAUCGGAGUGGAGCCUGCUGCCCCAACACCGGAACCGGCAAACUUGCGAUAUGGAGAUGGUACUUACUAUGACCCUGGCAUGGGAGCCUGUGGGUUUGUUUCUUAUGAAUCUGAAUUUGUAGUUGCUGUGUCUCCUGCUAUUUGGGAUCCUGAAAUGAUCGAUGCUAAUCCAAACCAUAACCCAAUCUGUGGUAGAAAGGUUAGAGCUUACUACCAAGGUAAUUCUGUCGAAGUUACUAUUGUUGAUAAAUGUAUGGGAUGUGCCCCACAUGAUUUGGAUUUCUCUCCAGCUGCUUUCAGACAGAUUGCUGAUCAAGAUUUAGGUAGAAUUAAGAUUUCCUGGGAAUGGAUUUAA